AUGGCGAGGAACGCGAGGAAGGUACCGAAGAAAGGAGUGGUGGAGAACAAGAUUGUGAGUGAAAACACGAGUGUGGAAAGGUCAAUUACAGAUUAUGGAAAGCAAAUUGUGGAUUCAGAAAUGCCAAUUGAUUUGGGGAAACAGUUGUUGAGCAAAAACCCUAAAUUGCAAAAGGGGGAAAGUUAUGCAAAUCCUCGAUCAGUUCAGCGAAGGUUAUCAUGGGCCAAAGAAAUGGAAGGCAAGCAAGAUCAGAUUGCGUGGUCUAGCUUCGUGCUGGGAUCGAGUCCUCCCUAUGCUGUGAUGAACAAGCAUUUUCGUAACCUUUGGGGCCAUCUUGGAGUGGACAAGUAUGAAUGUUGCAAAGGGUAUGGCCAUCUUAUGGAAAAAUGUCGAUUAGAUCCAAAGACUCAGGAGCAGUACAAGGGGGAUUUUAGCAUCCUGGCUCAGCAUGAAAAGAUGGGAGGCAGAGAACCACAACUGAGAGACAUGGAAUAUUUUAAGAUGUGUGUUGAUGAAUGUGGAUUAGAAGAUAUGAGACAAAUUGGUUCUAAUUUUAGUUGGUGCAAUAUGCAGUUGGGAGAAGAUAGAAUAAUGGCAAAAUUGGACAGUGUACUCAUCAACAGAGAUUGGAUCAUACAGCAGAAUGAUUCGCUAGCAGAGUUGGGAGAAGAUAGAAUAAUGGCAAAAUUGGACAGUGUACUCAUCAACAGAGAUUGGAUCAUACAGCAGAAUGCUUCGCUAGCAGAGUUGGGAGAAGAUAGAAUAAUGGCAAAAUUGGACAGUGUACUCAUCAACAGAGAUUGGAUCAUACAGCAGAAUGCUUCGCUAGCAGAGGUGUUGAAUGCUGGGAUAUCUGAUCAUAAUCCUAUAAUGAUAAGGAUUGCAGAAGACAUGGUAAGGAAGACUAAACCAUUUAAAUACUUUAACAUGUGGAAGCUAGACCCUGACUAUCCUACAGUGGUAACGGCAAGCUGCCAGAUCCCUAUCCAAGAGAGUUCUUGUGGGGAGUUACAGACUCUGGCAGAUGCACUGCUGUGCAAGAAGAAAUCACAAAGAGGACUUGCUUUUAAAGAUGCCAAGUUAUGGAAUGAAGCAUCCAUUAUGAAGCAAGUAUGGUGGUUAGCCCAAUGUGAGAAUAAUUUGUUGGUUCGUUGGAUGCAUGAGAUAUAUCAGAAACAUGCAAAUAUUUGGGAUGUUGAAGCUAAGGCUGAUAGUAGUUGGCAGUGGAAGGCCAUUCUGAAAGUCAGAGACAGGGCUAGAGAAGCUUUUGAAGGUAGUAUUUGGAAAUUGAAUAGCUCUGGUAAAUACUGCACUUUGGAAGGUUACUAUUGGCUGGUUGGACAACAAGGAAUGUAA